UACUUCCAACAAAUGAUAUGUAAGUGCGGUUUUGUUGAAGUGUCUCUCUCUCUCACCCCUGAAACAGUUUCUUCUCUUUUGAAAGAAACGGCAUUCCCUUAUUUCUUUCUUCAAUUUCUAUUGUUAAUUCAUCUCUUAGUAUUCCACAAUUUAUUUUUGCUAGCAAAAAAAAAAACAACUGAGGCUAAAAUGCUAUAAGUGAAUGAGUGUUGCUACUAUUGAAUGAUUGAGCCCAUGCCUACUACGAACAAGAGUGCUACCCAUGGUGGGAUUUGGCAUGUAUUCAACAAAUUAACAAGCGAAAUCGGAGAUCCCGUCGACUUUGAACUUCCAGAUUGGUUGCAUAAAUGGCAACCCACAGCUUAUACGUAUAUAAAGCGCAAUAUAUACCUCACCAAGAAGGUUAAGCGGCGUGUAGAAGAUGAUGGCAUAUUUUGUUCCUGCAGUUCAAUAGCAGGAUCUUCAGACGUGUGUGGCAGUGAUUGUCAUUGUAGCAUGCUAUGGUCUAGCUGCUCCUCGGGAUGUAAAUGUGGGAGUUCUUGUCUGAAUAAACCAUUCCAUAAACGUCCUGUGAAGAAGAUGAAAACAGUGAAGACUGAGAAAUGUGGCUCUGGGAUUGUGGCAGAUGAAGAUAUCAAGAGAAAAGAGUUUGUCAUAGAGUAUGUUGGAGAAGUUAUUGAUGACAAAACAUGUGAAGAGAGACUUUGGAAAAUGAAGCACAGUGGGGAAACAAAUUUUUACUUGUGUGAGAUCAAUAGGGAUAUGGUGAUUGAUGCCACUUACAAGGGCAACAAAUCCAGAUACAUUAAUCAUAGCUGUUGUCCAAAUACUGAGAUGCAGAGAUGUAUUUUCAGGAUAAUUGAUGGUGAGACAAGAAUUGGCAUAUUUGCGACCCGUGACAUUAGAAGGGGCGAGCAUCUGACCUACGAUUAUCAGUUUGUUCAAUUUGGUGCAGAUCAAGAUUGCCAUUGUGGUGCUAUAGAAUGCAAGCGAAAGCUGGGAAUUAAACCUAACGAAAUAAAACUUCCCUCUUCAGAUGCUGCAUUAAAGCUAGUGGCAUCUCAGGUGGCUGCCGCCUCUCCCAAAGUGAAAGCACUGCUAUCUGCAAAACAUGGCAAACAUUUUGAAAGCCCUGCUGCUUUUCUCUGGAAAGAAGCUUUGAAGAUGACUUUUCCUAUACGAAAUGACAAGAUUUGUUCCGACUUCUUGCAUUUGUUGGAUUAUCAAACUGGAGUUCCUCCAAAAGGAAGUUCGAAUUGCGACUCUGCUCGGAGAAUCCAGCGUCCUCGUAAUUGCAUAGGUCAACUUGUAAGAAUAAUUCGCUCUUUUGACCGGAGUCCUGCUGACUCGCUGGAGAAGUUUCUCUGUGGGAACUCUAUCCACUGGUCCUUUGGAAUUAUAAAACGGUUUGACAGCAUCACCAAAAAACAUUUGAUCAUGUUUGAAGACGGUAGUGUUGAAUACCUUGACAUGUCAAAAGAGGAUUGGGAAUUUUGUAACUCUGUGUAAUCAGGUCUUAAGCAGUCGGAAUAAGGAUAUACAUGAUUCAACCUCUGUAGCAGAUACGCAACGUAUUGUUCUUACAGUCCAAAAUUGCAAAGGGUUCUCUAGCUUUGCUCCUGGUGUACCGAAUAUGCAAGUUUCCUUUUUCACAAAUUCUUUUGUUAGUAUAAAUUAUGAAGUCUGAUGAUAAUGUCAAUACUCUUUUUUUUCUGGAUAUUGAAGUCCCGAUGAUUCUUUCCCAUGUAUAAGCAUAAACAAUGUAACAAUAGCCAAAGAAACAAGCUGACUAUGUGGAUCAUAAUUCAUUGACUCUAAAUUUGUUAGUUAUCUGUUGUCCGUGUUGGACUGAGACGAGCUUUCGAUGUUGACCGUGAGAUUUCAUAUAGAUUGCUUGGGAUUGAGGCUUA